AUGUCACAAAUACUCACUUCAGAUCAUUAUAUAUGGUCUUCAGAUGGCGACUCUGACAACCAACUUAUUAAAAUCCACGUACGCUGUUUUGGCGCAUAUUUCGAGAUUCAAUACCUACGUCAUAACCUGGCUGCUUCGCCGUAUCUUUUGGCGCAACAUGAGAAAUCUCUCUGCAUUAUGAGGGCUGGUGAUGAAGGGAACAGCUCGGACGUUGAAAAUGGGAUCAAGGAGAUCUGUCGUCUCCAAAAACCAUUCGAGGCGUUGAUGACGGAACUAGCCCCUAACCCACCGCCUCCGGCUACACACCUGUUCGACUAUCUAUAUCCACCACAUAUGAUCCUCGAGGCAACGGCGGCCACGCAGGACAGCACGGUCAUCCAGCCGCGUUUCAGAGGGUCCCUUCCGCGCCAGGUGCUCUGGCCUCCAGGUCAAUAUCUAGCCACAUGGGGCGACUGGUUGGAAUCAGUCAAAUGCUUUACAUCACGUCAAGUACGACUCGUCCAUACGUCGACGGACCCGGAACAGCACCCAUGCCUUCGAGGCCCCUCCAAGGUUACCGCUGGGGAUGGCGUGGGCUGGGAUGCGGUAUGCUACUUCAAGGCACUUGUGCGGAGAGUGCCGGGCGAGUUGUGGGCGUACAAGCAGAUUGCGGCCGCCCUCGAGGCGAAGAAGCUUCGACCUGAGAUGCGAAUCUCCCGCCUGCAUGGCGUGGUCGUCGACGAGGAUCGCGAUGUCUUGCAGCAUUACGACCACGUCCCUAAGGAGGAGCUCGCCAAGUGGGAUGACUUCGGGUCCGAGUCCAAGUCCGAGGACGAGUCUCCCGCACGUAUGGUGGGUAUCCUGAUUACUUAUAUCGAAAACAAGGGCACACUCUAUGAGGUGGCUCCCUGGUCCGACUGCCUGGAUGAGCACAGACGCUCUUGGGCUGACGAGCUCUUGGGUCUCGUCGUGGAGUUACACAAGGCGGGCUUGGUAUGGGGUGACGCUAAGCCGCAUAAUGUGUUGGUCGAUCGGCAGGACCGGUUAUGGCUCAUUGAUUUUGAUGGCGGUUAUACCCACGGCUGGGUUGACGAGGUUAAGAAGGAAACUAAGGAAGGAGAUUUGCAGGGGGUCGAGAGGAUUAAAGAGUGGCUAGCAAAAUAUUAUGAGAAGCCUCUUGAUCGUAGUGUCCCUCGGAGUAGCUAG